ACGAAAGGUUUGCCGUAAGAAAGGAUUUGUUCCUUACGUUUGUGCGUUAGAAAUCAAAAAUGAUCGGCCAGCGAAUCUUGGCUUCGAUGGGCCGCCAGAUUGGCCGCACGCUAAGCCGGCGUAGCCUGGCAGAUGCUGCUCCAGCGCGUGAAGGAAUGGCUUUCACACUGGCCUCUCCAUCGGAAAUGUACUACCAUAACGCCGAUGUGAAACAGGUCGACGUCCCAUCCUACUCUGGCGAUUUCGGCAUCCUUGCUUAUCAUGUCCCUUGCUUGGCCGUGCUAAAACCUGGCGUUGUGACUGUUUACCCGAAGGAUGGCGACCUAAAGAGAUACUUCGUAUCUUCGGGAACCAUUACAAUUAACGAGGAUUCAACGGUGCAAGUACUCGCAGAACAGGCCGUGCCUGUAGAUAGGCUUGAUAGCGGGCUUGUGCAGGACGGCCUUCAGAAAGCUCAGCAACAGCUUGCCUCUGCUGGAGAUGAAGGGGCCAAGAUGGAGGCACAGAUACUCGUCGAGGUGCAUGAGGCUAUGCAAAAGGCGGUUAUCGGACUCUAAACGCCCAACUGCUACAUCAUGUAGAACAACUAAAUUACCUGCGUUAGGUCGUCCACUAAAACUUGAAGAAAAGCGUCGGAUCAUGGCCUCGACGAGAGUUUCUUUAUCUUAAUGAAAAACUAGUUUGUACCAAAUUCGGAAGAUAUCCCGCAUGAUAUAAGGAUGCUGAGAAUAGCUCGUUCGGUAUUCUGUUAAAAGAAUUUUUUUUCGUAUCAUCAAAUUCAAAGCGGUGAUUUCAAGGUCCUAAAGGGUCGUCUGAAUGUAGAUGCAGAAUAUCCAAUGUUAUUGUAUUGCGAGAGAUUUGAGUUAUUUUACUAGAAAUCGUUCCACUUGAAUCGGAAUGUGAGAAUGUGAUGGUAAGCUUGCGAUAAUAAAUAUAAAUAAGAUAUGAAAUUAA